AUGAGGACUACUCUUGCCACCUUGCUGGCUGCUGUCCUGUGUGUGGAGCAAGCCUAUGCAUUUAUGUGCUACGUGUGCCAGGAACAGGAGUCCAACAAGAACUGUUUGACCAUUUCCAUGUGCACAAAGGAAGAUAAAUAUUGUGUGACUGUCCGUAACAACAUUGGAACAAAGCCAAACAAACUCGUCUACUCCAAGAUGUGUUCUCCAACAUGUCCAGCAACAAGUCAGCAACAAAACCAAACCUAUCAGAAGGUUUCUUGCUGUGAGAAACCAUUAUGCAAUGUGAACGGAGUCAGCAACAAGCAAAACAGCUAUGGAGUGAUGACCCUGGGUGUCCUAGCUAGUAUCACUUGUAUCUUUACAUCCGGACUGUGA